GGCACAUACACCAUCAUGUUUUUUCAAAUGCUCAGCUCGGGAAUAUUUAAGCAGGAAUUUCGCCGCCAACUUCAGGUCACUUUAAGUGUCAUUGUCAUUACACUCUCCCAUGGCAUCGGAUUGGGCUGGCUCUCCCCCAUGCUGCCCAAGCUGCAGUCAGAGUCAAAGACGCCGCUGGACUUCGUCGUCGACGUGCACGAGGGCUCCUGGGUGGGCUCCAUAGUUUGUCUGGGCGGUGUGACGGGUAAUUUCCUGUUCGCCUACAUCAUGAGUUGCUUCGGACGCAAGGUGGCGAUUUAUGGCCUGGCUGUGCCCAACACGCUCAUUUGGUUCCUAUUCUAUUUUGCUAAUUCCGUUGAAAUGCUUUAUGUGGCCAGAUACUGUGCCGGCAUAACAGGCGGAGGCAUGUAUGUGGUGCUGCCCAUUUUCAUCGGAGAGAUCGCGGAUCAGAGCAUUCGCGGCAGACUGUGCUCCUUCUUUACUCUGGCCCUCAAUAUGGGCAUUUUGCUGGGCUUCAUCAUAGCCUCCCAUGUGCCCUACCAUGUGAUUCCCUUUGUAGUCAUCGCCCUGCCCUUCUGCUACCUCCUGCUGACCGCACGGCUUCCAGAGAGCCCUCAGCAGCUGCUGCGAUGGGGUCGAGAGGAGGAAGCGAAGCGCGCCUUAAAAUACUACUGUAACUGCGAUGGUCCCACGCCUAGCAAGGAGUCGGAGCGUGCUUACCAGAAACAGUUUGAGGAAAUGCGUGAUGCCUUGCAGCAGCAGACCAAGGAGAGCGGCAACGAGGGCUUAUCCAUGUCUGACUUCUGCAACAAGCGUGCUAUAAAGGCCAUUGUGACGGGACUUAUAUUAAUGACAGGUAACAUUUUCACGGGCACCUUCGCCUUCAUCAACUACAUGUCAAACAUCUUCGAGCGCGUGCACACCCAGCUGGAGCCCAACACUAAUACGAUUAUCAUUGGGGCAGUGCAGAUUGUGGGCACUCUUGCCUCCAUCUAUCUGGUGGAUCGGCAUGGCCGUAAAAUACUGCUGAUUGUCUCGUGUGUGGGCUGCGCCUUGGGCACCAGUGCCUUUGGCGUGUAUGCCUUCUAUGCUGAGGAAACGGACGCAGAUCUGAGCGCCUACUCCGCCUGGCUGCCUGUUACAAUAAUGGCCUUGAACAUAUUCAUCGCCAAUGUGGGAAUCAUCUCGGUCACAAUGGUAGUUCUGGUCGAAGUGCUGCCUCAGAAGAUACGAUCCGUGGCGUCGAGCUUCUGCUUUGGCGGUCUUAGCGUCUUGGCGUUCGCAUCGGUGAAGACUUUUCCGCUCAUGAUGGAAUAUUUUGGACUGGCCGCCAGCAUGUGGUCCUGCACUGCAGUUAGCAUCCUCUGCCUCUUCUAUGCGGCUGUCUUCCUCGAGGAAACAAAGAACAAGUCCAUUUACGAGUGAACGGAAGAAUAAGCUCUCGCUAUGCUAUAUCAGUUGUAAGAUUUUAUAGAAUCAUCAUGUCAACCCGUUAUUUUAUAGAAUUAGAAUAAAA